AUGAAUGCCGCUGCAGUGCCGACUAGUCCGUCAUUCGAUCCUCAGCAGACGGAAAUGUAUGGGUUCGGGGCCAUUCCGACCAUUGGAAAUGGCAGUGCUGGGACUGGACAGGAUCACGCGCAAACAGCCGCCCCGGCACGCAGAAUCAAGAUCAAGCUCAUCACCAAGGAGGCCAGACAGAGGAUGGUAGCAGAAGCAGAAGCAGCAGCUGCGGCCGCGAAAGCGAAGGCGAAAGCGAAAGCGUCGAAGAAGGGCAAGAAGGCCUCGACGAGCGAGGAAUCGGCUCCAGCUGCUGCCCCGGGCAAAGCCAAGAAGAGAAAGGCCCCUGCAUGCGAGAACUCGGCUCCAGCUACUGCGCCCAGCAAGGCCAAGAAGAGAAAGACCUCAGCGUGCGAACAAUCGGCUUCAUCUACUGCGCCCAGCAAGGCCAAAGAGGAGAAGCCUACCCCGGUGUCCGAACAGUCGGCCCCAACCACUGCGCCUAGCAAGGCCAAGAAGAGAAAGGCCUCGGCGUGCGAGGAAUCGGCUCCAGCUACUGCGCCCAGCAGGGCUAAGAAGAGAAAGACCACGGCAAACAAGGCUGCCCCGGCGCAGCAGUCGACCAACAGCGACUCGAACAACGCAGUUGAGAAUCCCCCUGCCACCAGCAAUGCCGUUGCGGCCGUUUCUGCACCCGCGGCCACUGCCACGGACAGCCAGGCUGCCGUUGAAAACGCGGACACGGAGCUCAAGAACGAGACUCCUCUGAAGAAGCGUCUGCGGUCCACCAGGGCGAAGACUGCGAAGAAAUGA